GAGUAAAACUGUCAGGAUUCUGGGGAAGGGGAUGAUCCUUUUUUCCUGUUUACAAGGCGACAUGUCCGUCCCUCGUGGACAUUUAAAAAUUAAAGAACUGAAAUGUCUUUUUCCAGCUUAUUCAGCUGUGUGUCAGUGGUACUGUAAGCUCUGUAACUGCAUCACGGUCAAUUAAAUAAGGAACUGGAGAUGAUUAAAGUUUGAGUGGACUUUAAAUAUACAGGACUUUAUACUGUAUGUGAUCUGACCUACCCCUCCAGUCCGGCAUGAGCAUCUCCAGUGAGGAAACCCUGUUGAAUUUAAUUGACAGUGGGAGUGGUCUGAAGGUGUGGUCAACCCAUGGGUCAACCACACCCUGCCUGAUCAGUCUGGGUGGUGGCUUUAUUACUUUGAUAUCGCUGACUAAAGAAGUGUCACAAAUUGGCUCUGAGGAUGCAGAGUUGCCACAGGAUAUCACCGCUGAUGGUCCAGGGAUCGAAUCGCACCACUGUGUCAUCAUCACCAACAGUGCUGGGGUUAUUACUUUACACCCCAAUGGAAAUAUGUGCUGUCUUGAUGGAGUUCCAGUCACCGAGCCAACAAAGCUCACUCAUGGGUGCACUCUUUGUCUGGGUAAAUCUUUUUUCCGUUUCAACCACCCAGAAGAGGCGAAUCACAUGAAGAACAUGCUGCCAGAAAAGACAGCAGGACCCGCACUGUCUCUCAGUACGGACACAACAAAGUUUCAUUCCAAUGGCGGCACAUUGGUUGGAUCCAGUGUUCGUGGCACACGCUCCAAGGCAGAGCUUCAGGAGUUGAUGGAGAGCUUGCAGCGCAGGAAGUCCGCUCUAGAGGCCAGCUUAAAGGCUACUGCAGACCGCGGUUACCUCACUUUGUCCCCACCUCCCAGUCCCCAGUCGGCUUCUUCCUAUCUACAGGACCGUCCACCACUUUCUAUACGAGUCCCCUCCCCUUACACACCCUCCAGCAGCCUGAGCAUGCCACCAUCACCCCACCAAUCAGAGCGCCCUAUAAGUCCUGUCCCGAGCCAAACCCGUGCCCGACAUCAAUCACAGGACAACCUGUUGCUUUGCCACCCUUCGGAGGGGCGACAUCCCAACACUGCCAACUCACUCCUUUCUAUGUGGAAUGGCUCUUCUUCCUCCUACAUGACCGAUGCUCUUCCUUCAUCUCGCCGAGGUCCAAGCGGUGCAGCCAGCAUGCCCUCCAGCCCUCGCUUGGGACGCAGGCUUCUAACACGAGAUGGGGAGUCUAGUGUUGAACCAACGCUCCGCCAAAGGAAAUACUCCACCGGCUCCCUGAAUGGCCUGGGGGGACAUAGUCGCUCUCUGCCCAGGUUGUAUCGAGGAGACGCCCCAAUGCUUUCUUUGCCACCCCGACGUACCACCAAACCACGCCGCAGCCUUCCGUCCUUGGAGAAACCUCCAGAUGUGACCGUGAUAGCCAACGUGACCAGCAGUUCUCGCAGGGCCAGCCUUUGCUCUGUGGGCUCUGCUCCAUGUUUGGAUCUAGGAGUAGGAGAAAGGCGGCUGUCAUUUGGUAAAGGAGGCCUGGGGCCUGGCAUGGGGCCGAGAAGGGGCAGUAUCAGUUCUCUCAGUGGAAAAGAAGAGCUCAGAGAUUAUCAUCAGAGACAAAGAGAUGAGAGACUUCGAGAACAGGAAGUGGAAAGACUGGAGCGCCAACGGCUUGAGACCAUCCUGUCCCUGUGCUCUGAGCUGGGCCGGUCUGAUCUGUGCCGGAUGGAGACUGAUUCGGGCGUCUCAGCUGUGUCGGACCUGCAGAAGAUCAACCGAGAGCUGGAAAAGCUGCAGGUGUCUGAUGAUGAAUCUGUGUUCUCAGACUCUGCAGCAGUGUCUCUGGAUAGCGGGUAUCUGGGUAAGGGUCGGACAGAGAUCCUCACCCAGAGACAGCGCAGACUCAGCGGACACAGGGAGACCAGGCCCCAGUCACCCACCACCAGCCUACGGAGCUCAGCUCCCUCACCCUCUCCACACCUCCGCAGCAAGGUGUCUGAAGACAGGCAGCUGAGGCAAGAAGUGACACGUAUAGAAGAGGAGAGGAUUCAGGUGCUUAACAACAUCGAGGAACUUGAACAGAAGAUCAGAGAUCUAGACACACAGAUGGAUGAGUCUAUCCGAGAGAUGGAGGUGGAAAGAGCUCUUUUAGAUGGUGAGCAGGAGGCAGAGGUCACUCAGCUACAGAGUGAUAAAGAAAUGCUGGAGCAGCUCAACGCAAAAAUGGGAAACAUGGAAAAAAAUGCUCAAAGAAAUCAAACUCAGGGCAAAGCCCUGUUGGAGGCUGAGAGAGUUAAAGUAGAGAGGCUAGCUGAGCUGAUCUCAGAGCAGAAGACCCAGCUGGACACCUGUCCUGAAGCACUGAAGGAGCAGCUCCAGAAUCAGCUAUCCAGGGACACUGAAGCUUUGGAAGUGGAAACAAAGCGUUUUGAAGAUUUGGAGUUUCAGCAGCUGGAAAAAGAGAGCUGCCAAGAUGAAGAGAAAGAGACGCAGAUGCAGCAACUCCUCAGAGAGAUUGCUGAAUAUCAGAGAUCUGUUGUCACUCGCAAGGAGAGGCUACUUACCCUGAAGAAGCAGUCGACCCAGAUUACCCAGCAGGCACAGCGGGAAAAGGAGAACUUCUUGAAAGAGAAGAGCAACCUCAUUUAUAUGCUGCAAAGGGAACGGGAGAACCUUUCAUCUCUGGAGAGGAAGUACUGUGAGCUGACAGGUGGUCAGGCUUUUCCUCUUAACCCUGUGUCCAUGAAGGAGCACUUUCGUUCUCUGGAGGAGAGGAGGCGGAGCAAUGGAAGUAAAGAGGGCGGAGUUCUCCUGAGUGACAACGGAAUGUCUCGUAAAAGAGAGAGGCAGAGCUCUGGAAACUUAAACUCUGCCCUUAAUCGCAGUCUGUCUCCCAAGGUCAGACAACAGAUACGGCACAUUGGAAAACCCCAUAUGCCACUGUCUCAAAGCUCUAGCUGUGGUAGUGUACUCCCCCGCACCCUGUCUGUCACUCGCCGUCUGCUUCUUGCAGCAGGUCAACUGUAUCUAAAUGACGAGAGGCAGAGGAUGAGUGAGAUGUCCAAUAGGACGGUGUCUGAGACAAAUGUCUUCCUGGAGCCAUUCCACUACCUGGAUAAUGGACAUAACUUUGACACAAUGAGCGUGGACAGUACAGAAAGCCUGGAGACCAGCAUUUCCGCCUGUUCACCGGACAACAUCUCAAGUGCCAGCACAGCUAACAUGGCGAAGAUAGAGGAGAUGGAGCGCAUGCUAAGAGAAGCUCAUGCUGAGAAGAACAGACUGCUGGAGCACAGGGAGCGGGAGAUGGAGUUGCGCAGACAGGCUCUUGAAGACGAGAGGAGGAGGAGGGAGGACUUGGAGAGGAGACUGCAGGAAGAGACAAACCGGAGACAGAAACUAGUGGAGAGAGAGUCUCGUCCGUUGACACGUUAUCUCCCGGUGAGGAAGGAUGACUUUGACCUGAGAGGUCACAUCGAGGCAGCAGGUCAUCAUCCUGAAACUUGUUUUCACCUAGCCAUCACCGAGAAGACCUGCAGGGGGUUCUUGGUCAAAAUGGGUGGAAAAAUCAAAACAUGGAAGAAGCGCUGGUUCGUCUUUGACCGCAAUCGAAGGACGCUGGCAUAUUAUGCUGAUAAACAUGAGACCAAAAUGAAGGGUGUUAUCUACUUCCAAGCCAUUGAGGAAGUGUAUUACGACCACCUAAAGAACGCACACAAGAGCCCAAACCCCUCCCUGACGUUUAGCGUGAAGACACAUGACCGGGUUUAUUACAUGGUGGCUCCUUCCCCAGAAGCCAUGAGAAUCUGGAUGGAUGUUAUCGUCACUGGAGCGGAGGGAUAUACACACUUCCUGGUGUGAGCAGGGCUCAUCUUUAUUUAACCACAUUUAACAAGCCCAAAGUGACCUUCACAGUUCAGCUCGGCCUGCUGAAAGGGUCCGGGUAAUGGGCACAUUUUCCAUGUCCACCUUUCAGAAGCGGUUACACUUUUAUGAUUCUCUUUUAUCAGUACUGAUCGUGAACAGAGUGUCGACUGUGCCUUUUGCAGUCAUCCAUGACCUAGUUUGGAAAAACUGGUGCUUUACCCACUGCGUCCUGUCCUGAGUUUACAGAGGCAGCUUUUGGACUUCAAAGGUACCAACUCUUGAAUUUUUCACCCCGUUUUGUUCACUUCUGGGGUGAGACUGUACAGCACUGUAAACUACGAAAUCACUCACUGGUUUUCACAUUUCACAAACGUGCCAACUCCUAAUGAAGCUUUGACAUGGAUAUACCUCAAAGAAAUAACUGGUCUUGCUUGUUAAAAACGAGACACCAAAGUCAAAGUGUUCCUGGUGUGCCAUACAGACUCUAACAAACGUCAGGGUAUUGUUCAGUACUUUUUUUUAUAUCCAACAAUACUGAAUAUGAAUUUAGAAAUGUUAUUUCAAAUGACAUUUGGAAGUUUUUUCAUUAAUUGACUUUUUUCUAUACAAUUGAUAUUAUUUCCUCUUUUACCAAGUGCCUUGUAUUUGUCAAUAUCUGAUGAGAAUAGCUAUAUAUUUAGCUACAAGACUAGUAGAAUAGCAUAAACAGACUGUGUUUAUUAUAAGUGUUUUUUGUACUGACCUAUAGAGUGCUGCAGUAAUGAUGUACUUUUUGUCAGCCAACCCGGAAGUUAGCAUCAACCCGGUUCCUUUGACAAAAACCCAAUAGGAUUUUUCCAUUGGCUUUUGGAUUAUUGCAGAAAAUAAGGUCUGUGACUAACAAAAAGUUUAUGAUUCUUACACUUUACAUGAACUCUUUCAGUCUUUGUUCGAAAACAAUCUCCCUGAAAGUUCGAAUUAUAAUAGUUUGCAAGAGCGUGAUUAUAAACACAAUGAGACUGUGAAAGCGGAUUAGUGCGUAGAUGAGUUUUCCUGUUCGGCUGAUGAUGUUUAAUGUCCCAGAAAACUUCUGUAGUCCAUUUAGCUGCUUGUUUGCAACCGCCUUUUACGAGACAUGUAAAAGCUUUAAAAACAUCACCAGCGUAAUUGACGUAUUUUAUGUCAUAUAAAACGUGAAAAUAUCUUGCGCUUUUGUUCACCACAGACCUUAUUACAGCCAUUUAAAGGAAUAGUUCACCCAAAAAUGAAAAUUAUCCAGGAUAUUUUUUAAUAUAACUCAGACUGUGUUGGGCUGAAAGACGAAAGUCAUAUACACCUAGAAUGGCUUGUAAGUGAGUAAAUUAUGGUAUAAUUUAAAUUUUUGGGUGAACUGUUCCUUUAAACAAAAACCCAACUCAAAUACAACACUGACUUCGUAACGAUGGAACCGGAUGUGCUAAAAUGCUAACCCGUUUCUGGGUUUUGGCCUACAAAAAAUAUCAUCCCUGCAGGACUCCUAUUGUGCCUCCCUGAUGCUCAGGUACAUUCCAGAAGGAAGAGUUUAGCACCAAAGACAAGCUGAAUUUGUGUUUCAGCAUGAUAUGAAUGUAAUAACGUACACCCAUCAGAUAAGAUGCCAUUGAAAGGAGUUUAUUUAAUAGAUAAGGCUUUUAAAUAAUUUAGCACAAAAGUUUAUUUUCAUAAUCUUUUUGAUUGAAUUAAUUGAUUUCUCAAUGUCAUUGUGUGUUGUACCGUAACUGACCCGCAGGUGAUUUUGCUUACAGUGAUAUUGAAAUGAUUGCAGAAUUUAUUCACUGCAAGAAUCUCAUUUGACCCCUAAGUUGAAAACUGAGAUAUAAAAUUUUCGUUUUGUUACCGCUGAACAAAUCUAUAUGCAUGUAUGAACUUAUGAUUGUGUAUCUGAUAUUAUUUUUAUGUAGGAAUCAGUAUAAUUUCAUUUAGAGUAUUAGCAAUACAGAAAUGAUAUGAAUAUUGGUGUCAAAUAGAAAUGCCAAGGUUGAUGUAUUAGGAAAAAAUGAAGACACGGGUGCUGUCUGAAAGAAAAACGUCUAGUUCAGUGGUUCUCGGGUGGUUUUGUUUCAUAAACCAGAUUUUCAUACACGCAGCCUUAGAUAUCAACAACAAAAGAUAUGGGAAGAGUUUUUCUU